AUGCAUCUUUCUUACUUGCUUAUCCAAGGGCUGCUGGCGGUUUCUGCCGGAGCAUCUCGCCACCGAAAAGUCCGCCGACAGAAAGGACCAACUGAUCCAGGUAUCCCUUCAGACUGCACCUAUUGGGAGACUGUAGAGGCAGAAGAUCAAGGUUGCACUUACCUUGAGGAUCUCUGGGAGUUAGAACACGCUACGUUUGUUGAAUACAACCCCAGCGUCAAGGACGACUGCAGUGGUAUCCAACUCGGGCACUCGUACUGCGUUGAGGUCAACAAUGGGUUUCCUCGUGACGAUGAUCCUCCCAAGGUGACAAGUACUAAGGAUACCAAGCCAGAGCCCGAGCCUACGCGGGAUACCAAGCCCAGUCCUACCCAAGAUGGUCUCAUUGACACUUGCACAUCGUUCUACGAAGCCAAAAAAGGAGAUACUUGCAACAAGAUUAUUGCUCAGUAUAAGACUUUUGACUUUGAUGACUUCUUCAAGUGGAAUCCCGCGGUUGACAAAGACUGCAGUGGCAUCUGGGCUAGCACUUGGUAUUGCGUGGGAGUACCUGGAACGCCUACAAGCCCGCCAACCAAGACAAUCGUGACUACAACCAAGCCAACAGGCGUUCCCAAGCCCACUCAAACCCAAGAAGGGCUUAUUGAGAGCUGCACGGCAUUCCAUAUGGCUGAGAAGGGCGACACCUGUGCCAAGAUUGUCUCCAAGUUUGGCACCUUUGACUUCGACACUUUCUACAAGUGGAACCCUGCUGUCGGCAAAGACUGUAGUGGCAUUUGGGCAAGUUACUACUACUGUGUUGCUGUUCCGGGUACUGCUACCGUCAAGCCCUCUGCUACUACCCCGAAGCCGACGGCGACUGGAGGAAUUGAGACUCCCUCUCCCAUUCAAGAAGGUUUGGUCAAGAACUGCAACAAGUUCCAUCAGAUCGCCUCGACCACAACUUGCUCCUCCAUUGAGUCAUACUACAAACUACCGCUCUCCCAGUUCCUCGCCUGGAACCCCGCUGUUGGCAAAGACUGCACUUCUCUGUGGAAAGGCUACUGGGUCUGCGUCAGCGUUGAAGGCUACAAGCCAGCCACUACAGCAACCGCCAAACCCACUACGACAAAGCCUGCGAAUGGCAUUGCAACGCCUUCACCAAUCCAAGAUGGCAUGGUCAAGAACUGCGAGAAGUUCCAUCAGAUCAAGUCUACUACCACUUGCACCUCCAUUGAGAACUAUUACAACCUCCCACUCUCGACCUUCCUCUCGUGGAAUCCCGCCGUCGGUAAGGACUGCAAUUCUCUUCUCGUCAACUACUGGGUUUGCGUUGCGACUGUCGGCUGGAAGCCUCCAACCAAGACCACUACGAAAGCCGCAACAACAACGAAGAGUUCUUCCAACGGAGUCAAGACGCCUCCCCCUGUGCAGGCUGGCAUGGUCAGCAACUGCAACAAGUUUCACAUGGUUCAGAAGACUACAACUUGUGCUUCCAUUCAAAAUUACUACAAGAUUUCUUUGGCAGACUUCGUCAAGUGGAAUCCGGCUGUUGGCAAGGACUGCAAGGGGCUAUGGGCUGACUACAACGUCUGCGUUGGGGUCAUUGGUGGAACGCCGACGAAGCCAGGUAAUGGAGUUGAGACGCCUUCGCCCAUCCAGGCCGGAUUGGUUAGCAAUUGCAAGAAGUUUCACCAGGUCCAGUCUACAACAACCUGUGCGUCUAUUCAGAAGUACUACAGUAUUUCUCUUGCACAGCUGGUGAAAUGGAAUCCGGCAAUUGGAUCUAAAUGCACAGCCCUCUGGGCCAAGUAUUGGGUUUGUGUUGGUGUAUGA